GAUGCAGUUAGCACGUGACUCGCACGAACAAUACUUGCGCCUCAGGCAGCCAUUUCAGGGAGAACCGUGGAUGGAACAGCCAUGGAAGAAUGGCACCUUGCCAGAGUUUUCUUCUUUCUUUGCAUGCACGAGCACAAUACCAUUCCCAGUGGCUUUGUACAAGGGAAAAGAAUUACCUAGCGGGCCCCGAGGUUGCCCGAUGCAACCAGUGCUGCAAUCGGACAACCUCUUAAGAAAGAUGUUGCACUGGAGGAAUCAUCUCACACCGCCUCCAGAAGAAGAAGGACCAUUUCUGCAACAUGACUAUUCUCGAUCGGGACAGCAUUUAAACCUGCAGAAAAUCGGAGUCUCAAACAAUGAUGGCCAGUUGUUGCUUCGAGGAUUCUAAUAGGAAUUUGCAACCGGCAAUAGAUUCUGGAUUUGUCGUUUUACUUUGCAGAAAUGUGCAAUAUCUCUACUAUAUAUAUGUCCGGCUUCAUCAAUACUAGCACUACUCCCAAGAUGAACUGAGUUUGUGCACGAAAUGAACUUACU